GACAGGAGAGGGUGAGGGGUCAGAGACAGAAACCAAGUCCCGGAGACAGGAUUCUUUUCACAGCAUCAUCCCGGUACAAUGUGACCCUGCUAUCACCUUCAUUAGUUUGAAUGACCGCUGUCCGAUCGCCACAUUACUUAUACUGGUGAUAUCCAUCUGCGGCUUUGUGAGGUGAAACACUGCACAGUCAAGUGGGCCAAAAUUCCCGGGAAGGACUCCCGACUGCCUCGCCUGCCGAACAAUCCAUCACUCCGGCUGCGGCUACGGCACAGGGAGCCAUGCGACAGUGGUGCCUUCCGGCUGUGGCUCCACGCACAGAACCGCUCCUCACUGGCCGACUGUCACCACAGUUGUCAGAUGCCAGGAUGGAGUGCUGCGAGGUGGAGCCUCGCUACACCAUCGAGCAGAUCGACCUGCUUCAGCGCCUGCGUCUGUCCGGCUUGACCAAGCCCCAGAUCGUCCACGCCCUGGAGUCUCUGGAGAGGCUGGACUCGGACCACAGGCCGCCGUACUGCGACGCCCACGCCACGCCCGCCAGCGCCCCCGCCACUGCCACCGCCGCCGCCCCCUCUUCCUCCUCCUCCUCCCUCACGUCCACUACCACGCAGACCCUGAACUUAGACACCUCCCCGUCACCGAGCAACAGCUACGAGGCGUCCCCCCCGCCCCAGUACCCUGCCAGCGGGGUUCAGAGGUCGUUCAGCUACGACAUGCCUGAGGAGGACUGGGACGUUGAGGAGAAAGUGGAGGAGUAUAUGAGGAGGGACAGUAACUUGGUGAAGGAGGAGAUCAAGGCCUUUCUCAACAACCGGAGGAUCUCACAGGCCAUUGUGGGCCAGGUGACAGGGAUCAGCCAAAGCUACAUCUCCCAAUGGCUACUGCAGCAGGGCCUGGAAAUGAGCGACCCCAAACGCAGAGCCUUCUACCGCUGGUACCUGCUGGAGCGCAACAACCCAGGGUUCCGAUGGAACGAAAACCAGCAAACGCAGGUCGCCAGGACGAGGACAGAGACCCCCUGGAACAGACAGAGAGAGCUGCUAAUGCAGCUGCUGCCCUGGUACUCUGCCCACCAAACACAGCCAGGUAACACAGGCGCCAGUAUGUCGGUGCGUUCCCUGGUGAAAGAGGAGCCUGAUUGGAGGUCCAGCGGCAGCCCUGCGGCGAAUGGUGUGGGGGGCGGGCCUCUGCGGCUGCGCAGGGGGAGCCGCUUCACCUGGAGGAAGGAGUGCCAGUCCAUCAUGGAGAGUUUCUUCGUUGAGAACCAGUACCCAGAUGAAGCCAGGAGAGAAGAGAUCGCCAAUGCUUGCAACUCCGUGAUCCAGAAACCUGGGUGCAAGCUGUCCGAGUUUGAGAGAGUCACAGCCCUCAAAGUGUACAACUGGUUUGCCAAUCGCAGGAAGGAGAUGAAGAGGCGGGCCAAUAUUGAAGCUGCCAUUCUCGAGAGCCACGGGAUUGAAGUGCCAAGCCCCAGCUGCCACUCAAACGGAGAGGAGGUUGAGGCUCCUGAGUUCUGUGAGCAGGAAGAAGUGGCGUCCAGGAAAGACACGGAGGACGACGCGGGCUCUUUGGCCCUUGAGGUAGCGGCUCUGCCCAGCCCUGGUGCUCAGCUUGUGGCUCAAAAAGCCGAAGAAUCUAAAAGGGAGGCGGCCGACGAGGAGUGAAUCAUGGGAGAGAACUCCUGGAAGGCAAGGACGAAGAAUAAGCUGGUGAAUCCAAGCUCCUGAACUGAGGGCUUCAGAGGGUGAGGCCAGGGGUGGUACGAGGUAUUCCUCUGGAGCCCCUCGCCCCCUGCCCCCUAGUGGUAGGGAGGCCACAGUAUGUAUCUCCAGUAAUUACGCUAAUAUUAAUGGCAAUAUUAAUCUCUUUAUAGUGCAUUCCAAGAUGAGUCUUAUUAAAGACCUUCUGAAAGGGAGAGGCAAGCAGGCUGUUAGAAGUGGGUGUGUCAUAGAGCAAAGCCCACUCCCUACCGCUAAAGCAUUUAUUUCUACCUUUUUCCGCUGCUUUCAUUUUAACGGCUUGAUGAAUUUCAAAGUUACGACAAAAAAUGGCUGCAGCCCAUAUGCCUAUCACAGCUGAAGCUGGAGAAUGGGUCCUGCAGGGCAGGGAGCUGUGUGAGAGGUACAGCUUCAGGGUCAGCGUGGUGUGAUGUGAAGUUCCCUGGGGUGGGGU